AUGCCAUCAUUACGCGUUGAAACUUUUCCUGAACUUUAUGACAUAUCAAAUUGGAAAGUAAAAUCAGAAGGCAACGCUAACAUUAUAUUAUCUUUUGUUGGCAAAAAUGAUAAAUUUAUGUUACUUGAAGUACCAACAGAAUUUUUAAAAGAUCUAUCAAAAGCUAUAUUUUCAUCACGUUCUUAUAAACGAACUCAUAAAGACAUUGACUUAAAUCAACGAUAUGUGAUAUUAACUUUGGAUGUUACAACUUUUAUAUCUAAAACUAUUACUCCUAUUUUGUCGGUUGAAUUAAAGCCUAAAUGGGGUUUUUUACCAACUUCAUCUUUUAUCAAAUUUGAAAAUUCUGUAAAGUUUCAAUCUUGUCGAUUCUGUAUGCACAAAUGGUUAAAAUUUCAUGAACAAUUAGAACGGUUUGAAAAAGAAAAAGAAGCUGGCGGGAGUAGAAACAGUAGUGGUGGUGAUUUAAGUGGAUAUUGUCCACUAGAUUUAUUUUCUUUGGAUGAAAAAAGAUUAAGGAAAGCAAUAUCAGAAUUAUUAAUAUGUCCAAAGAAUAAUUUAAAAUUAUUUAUAGAAGGAGUGAAUGUACCGAUUGAAAAUAAUGGAUCACAGGAACAUUUGAAGAGAUUUUUUAACAUUAACUCAUCAACAAAUAAUAAUAAGGAUGAUGAACAAAAAGUCAAGGAUUUGUUUAUUGAAUUAUUAUCAAAUGCAAUUAGCAAAGAGCGAGUUUUGUUUGAACGUAUAAAACUUUUACAGAAAUCAUUGGACGAAUUUGAUAUUGAAGGUUUAUAUCAAUUUUAUUUAAAACAUCAAACAAAUUUGGAACCAACUUUAGAAGAAUGGAAUGACAUUGUACGAGUAUAUGUAAAUCGAUCAAAAAAAACAGAAUUAAGCGUGCCGAGUUCAAUCGUUGAUUUUACCGUUGAAGAAGUACGUCAAAGGAUUUAUGAAUUUUUAAUAUCAACCACAUUUAAAGAUUGUUCUAUUAUCUUUACAUUCAGAAAAUCUAAAAGGAUUAAAAAAGUUUCCAUCUUAGUAGAUAAUAAUGAUAAUGGUAAUAGGAUUUCUUCCGAUGAAAGCGCUUUUGGAAAUACUUAUAAAAACAAUCAACAACAACAUCAAGAGUGUUACUAUGAUUUUAAAGUUCAUGUAAUUGAUUUAGAUCCGAAAUCAAUUAAAACAAUUCCUUAUUAUCAUCAAUUAGACAAUAAGAUUUUUGUUAUUCAUUUUAUUUAA